AGUUUGAAGAGUCACCAUGGCUCGAGCCUUCGGCAAUGUAGUGCUUGUAGCGCAUGGCUUCGGAGCUGGAGGAUAGCUUUGGAGAAGAUGUAGAAUCUGACCUGCCGGCCCACAAGGCGGCGUGUCGACGAGAUAGCAUCUCCAGCGCCGCCUUGGGUUUCGAUGACCUGGACGAUUUCUGCGCGAAGUCCUCCCUGCAGGCCACGGAGCACGCAAUGCGGCGACUCAGGAGGUGCAUGGCUGAAUAUGCGGUCGACCCUGGUGCCGAAGACGACCCAUAUUUGGUCGAACUGUUGGGGACUGCCAAGGCCCGGCUGCUGAACUUAGACGAGCAGCGGCUCCAAGUCUUCGUAAGCUCAACGGCAGAUGCCAGGCAUGAAGACGUGUCGCAAAAGACCAGGGGGCUCUUCCGAAAAGUCCAAGCGGCGGUGAAGCUGACGAAGCACCAGGUGGAUGAGCUCGAACCGGAGAGCCCCAGGCAAGAGACGGAAGAGCCUGCCAGCAAGCUAGCUGUUAAGGGGACGAGGACUGCACGAAGUCGACGCUCUUCAAAUGCUUCAUCAGUCGGGGUGAAGGGUCCGAAGAAGCAAAAGCAGCCACAGGCCGUUCCACGAGGGUUCCACCAAGGACAAGCCAGAGGCGCCACCUGCUCCGAGAAGAGCUGGACGGAGGAAGUCCGAAACGGGCGUUGCCGUUGGCUCAUGAACUUAGCUUCACGUUCCGCAAAGCGGACACGCCCGCUUGAAUUUGCACGAAUCUGAGGACA